AUGAAAUCCUGUGUUUAUUUCCCAAAAACCCCAUGGAUUAUUGCUUUUCUUCUCCCCAUUCUCACAUACGCUUACGGGUCUUUCUGUAAUUUUCCCAUCUUUUUCUUCCUCAUCACAGUUUUGAUAUUAGUUUCUUCUACCUUUCUGUUCUUGCCACUCGCAAAACUCAAAGUACAAGUUCGUAAGAAAGAACAGUCGCAGCAACAAGAUGGUCAUGAUCUUAUCUGCUCUGAUCGGAAGAUCUCAAACCAGGCUCAAGAUGAAGUAAAGAUUGGAUUUUCCGACAAAGGUUUGCCGGAAUCUUUCUCGGAAAACGACAUUAUUGGCCGGUUUUCAUCCACCAGUGAAGAAGAUUCCGACUUUGACUGUGGGCAGUUUCCGAGCGAGAGUCCCGAUUGCUCCGACGAGGAGAGCCUAAUAGAAAUAGAACUUCCGGCGGGGAAGUAUGUUGGGUUGAAAGGAGGAGGAGAAGAAGAUGAUGAAGAAGAGUUGUGUUUUGAGCAAUUAUCACCGGAAUCUAUUUACCGGUGGUCGGAGAUGAAUGAGGAAGAAAAUUUGAUUGAAAUCGACAUAUCCAUGGGGUCCAUCAAGUAA